CAAGAAUCGAAAAGUAUCUCAAGAAAGCCAUGGCAAACAAAACAGCGUCCACAGUUCUCAUAGCAUUCGCCGUCCUCCUCGUGUCCGCCUUCGCCGCCCUGGGCACGGCGUCGAGGGAGCCGGAGCAGCUGGAGAUAUGCCGCCAAAAAUGCAGAAUUCAGACGGUGCUUGACCCGUCGCAGAGACAGUCCUGUUACAGCAAGUGCCUUAGCCGGGAGAGAGAAGGGCGGAGAGAGAGAGAGGAGGAGGGGCAUGGGCAGGAGGAGCAAGGAGAGGACAGUCCUUUCGUGUUCCGGCCACGUCACUUCCUGACCGCGCAUUCCUCCGACCGGGGCAGGCUUUCGAUUCUGCAGAAGUUUUCGGAGCGGUCAAACCUUUUCCUUAACAUCGAGCCUUUCCGCCUCGGAGUUCUCGAGGUGGAGCCGAAAACCUUUGCUCUGCCGAACCACAUUGAUGCUGACUUGAUUUGCUUCAUUGCUAAUGGGAGGGGAAUAGUGAAUAUUAUUCAGGAGAACAGGAGGCGUAUCUUCAACAUCACUGAAGGCGAGAUUGUGGUCAUCCCAGCCGGAGCAACCACUUACCUAAUCAACCCCGACAAUGACAGAAAGCUGGUCGUAGUUAAGCUAAUCCGAACAAUUUCCUCCCCCGGCCGUUUUGAGUACUUCUUUGGGUCAAUGUUUUUGAACGCAUUUAGCUCGAGCAUAAGGGAAGCGGCUUAUAAGGACGCAAAGAAGGAGACAUUGGACAGAGUCCUGAUGAGGGGUCAAGAUCAGGAACCUUUCUUGGAAAUAUCGGACCAACAACUUAAGUCAAUUGUCCGACAGGAAGAACAGGACGAUGUUAUUGGGUGGCCCUUCUUGGCUGCUGCUGACAAGUCUUCCAAGAAAAGAACCAUCAAUAUCUUCGAACACAAAACCAUUUCCAACAGAUUUGGUGAACUCUUUGAAAUCGUUAAUGAUGAAUUCAAUGACAUCCAAAUCUCCUUCGCCAACAUCACUGAUGGUGGAAUGUUAGGACCCCUCUUCGACACCAGAGGAGUGAAGCUAAUGUUCGUGGUGGAAGGAGAAGGGCAGAUGGAGAUGGCGGUGCCGUCCUCCCAGACAGACAGCUCCAGCCGCAGCGGCUCAUCCGAGAGAGGCAGCACCACCAGCCCGAGCUUCGAAAGAAUAAGCACAAGACUCUUCCCAGGAACAGUGAUCGUGAACCCGGCCGGGCACCCGUACGUGAACGUGGCGGAGCGGAGGAGCCUGAAGGUCCUAUGCUUCCACAUAAACGCCCGGAACAACGAGAAGGUGGCGCUCACCGGGAAGAACAACGUGUUCAUGAAGUUUGACAGGAUCGCGGAGGACAUUGCCUUCGGCGGCAGCCGGAAGGACGUGGAACAGGUGUUCGGAAGCAACAGUGAUUAUGAGCUGUUCUUCAAGGGGCCCAGGGAGGAGCGUCGUGCGGUUGAGUAAGAAGAAAUGAGAAGGGAGAUCUUGCACGAACGUCUUUUGCAUGAAUGAAUAGUGUAGUGGUUUGGCUGGCCUGCCUUGUACUGCAUAAGCCAGUUUUUAUGUUUAAAUUCAAAUGAAUGAAUAAGCGGAGAUGUAAAUCAUUUCGGGGAGGACGUUUUGCAUAAAUAAUAAAUUAUGGUUUUUCCCUUAUAAUUAUGGCCCGUUUU